UUUGUUUCAUUUUUUGUUAAAGAGAAAUCUCACCACACACACAGAGCUAACACCCAGAGCUGCUGCAGUACACCAGAAGCCUGGAGCUGGGGGAGAUUAAAGCAGCUGUAGCUAAGACAAGCGGCUUUGUUUUUAUUUCUUUUUCAGGCCCGGAAAUUGAACACGCAGUUAAUGGAUAGGAAUCUUCCCUCGUAACCGAGCCAGACAAUGGGUAAGAAGAGUCGAGUGAAGACUCAGAAAUCGGGGACGGCCGGGACAGCCGUGGUGUCUCCCAAAGAGAUGAUGAACCUGAUCUCCGAGCUCCUGCAGAAAUGCAGCGGUGCGGCUCCAUCUCCGGGAAAGGAGUGGGAGGAGUACAUCCAGAUCCGCACCCUGGUGGAGAAAAUCCGCAAGAAACAGAAAGGAGUGUCCGUGGUGUUUGAGGGCAGUAGGGAGGAUUACUUCCCCGAGCUCAUGGCCUGGGCUGAUUUAUGUGAGGCGUCCUGCGAGGGCUUCGAGAUCACCAGCUUUGGAGAGGAAGGAUAUGGCCUCAGAGCCACCAGAGACAUCAAGGCUGAAGAGCUGUUUCUCUGGAUUCCCAGGAAGAUGCUGAUGACCGUAGAAUCUGCUAAAAACUCCGUCCUUGGUCCGCUGUACAGUCAGGACCGGAUCCUGCAGGCCAUGGGCAACGUGACUCUGGCUUUGCACCUGCUGUGUGAGAGGGCGACCCCGGAGUCCCCCUGGCUGCCCUACAUCAAAACCCUGCCCACUCACUACGACACACCUCUAUACUUCGAGGAGGAGGAAGUGCGCCACCUGCUGGCCACGCAGGCCAUUCAGGACGUGCUGAGCCAGUACAAGAACACGGCGCGUCAGUACGCCUACUUCUACAAAGUCAUCCACACUCAUCCCAACGCCAGCAAACUGCCCCUGAAGGAUGCUUUCACCUUUGACGACUACAGGUGGGCCGUAUCGUCUGUGAUGACCCGUCAGAACCAGAUCCCUACAGAGGACGGCAGUCGGGUCACGCUGGCUCUCAUCCCUCUGUGGGACAUGUGUAAUCACACCAACGGCCUGAUUACGACCGGUUACAACCUGGAAGACGACCGAUGCGAGUGUGUUGCUCUGCACGACUAUAAAGAGGGCGAGCAGAUCUACAUAUUCUAUGGUACGAGGUCCAACGCCGAGUUUGUCAUCCACAACGGUUUCUUCUUCGAGGACAACGCACACGACCGAGUGAAGAUCAAACUAGGAGUCAGCAAGAGCGAGAGGCUGUAUGCCAUGAAGGCCGAGGUGCUGGCCCGCGCUGGAAUCCCUGCGUCCAGCGUUUUCGCCCUGCACUGCAACGAGCCGCCCAUCUCGGCCCAGCUCCUGGCCUUCCUACGCGUCUUCUGCAUGACCGAAGAGGAACUCAGGGACUACCUGGUGGGUGACCAUGCCAUCAACAAGAUCUUCACACUAGGGAACGCAGAGUUCCCCGUCAGCUGGGAGAACGAGAUCAAACUGUGGACGUUCCUGGAGACGAGAGCAGCACUGCUCCUCAAAACCUACAAAACCACGUCUGAAGAGGACAGAUCCAUGAUGCAGAAACCCGACCUCUCUCCGCACUCGCACAUGGCUAUAAAGCUGCGUCUGGCCGAGAAAGAAAUCCUGGAGCGUGCCGAGGCCUGUGGCCGUGCCAAGCGCUUGCACUUCCAGAAACAGCUGGAUGACGGCGUUCCUCUGCCCGUGUACGAGGAGAGCGACAUCGCGCUGCUGGAGAACGCCGACGCCAAGCUGCCCAUCGUCUUGCGCCAGCUAGAGGAGGAAGAAGAGGACGAUGAGCUGAAGAUGCCGCUUCUUAACGGGGCACGAAAGGAGACCGGAGGAGAGACUGCGGAGUCGAGCGCGCAAAGAACUGAGGAUACAUCCAAAGAUCGGGAAUAGCGUCGUUCGACACCGUUGCGGAUUCCUGCUCCUUAUUUAUUUUCUGUUUUAAAUGACUGACGAAUAGAAGUGAAAGCAAUCGCAACUAAAACAGCAGUCUAUUACUUACAGCUUUUUUUUUUUCUUUUUUUAAAUAUAGAUGAGAUGAUUUCGGAGGAUGUCCUGCUGUUCCUUUCAACCUUUAGAGUUUUAACAGUGCCACACUAGUUUAUAUAUUUAUAUAUAAUUUUUUGUUUAUUUGAAGCAGGUGGCUCCUCCCACUCAGGAGGACAAAGACUGGGAACUGUAUGUGACAAAAUGUCAUCGUCUGACCCGUGGAUCUGAUCUGAUGGCCAGGGGUUCAGUAUGACUGUUUUUGUUUGCUCCUAAAGGAGGCUGGCAUUUAUUAAAAGAGAUUUUUUUUUGUUUUGUUUUACGUAAAAAAAAAAACAUACACAAGGUUUCCCUUUACCUGAAACGUAGCGUGUUUUAGUGCUUGGAGCAGAGACUAGCUUACAAUCUACACUUUAUGUUUAAAGAGGAAUGAGAAUCACAUGCUGGAGCUUAUUACGAAACUUAACCUUGUUUAAGUUGCUGUUUAAAAUUGUUAUAGUGAACUGGUCUACAAAACUCCACCCUCGAUCAUUGGGAGGCGGUGCCAUCACAAAAAUGUUAGCUUGGCUUUCAUCAUCAAAUAGUUUCAUGAUAUGCCAAAACAUUGGGAAGUAAAUCUGUUCAGGUGAGAUCUUUUGCAUUGUUAAGCAGGUUAAAUUCUAAAAUACUAAGGAAACGUCUCCUUUUGGUUUUCUGUCAGCUCAGAAGCUAGUCAGAGUUCCCCUCGAUAACGGCUAGGUGCACUGAUUGAGCCGAUCGUUUCUAUUCCCUGCGUUCUUCUAGCUGAAGAGUAUUCAAGAGUAACAUGUGAGCUAUACAUUACAGCUCAGGUUCAAAGCAACUUUUCACGUCUUUGCUGAUCAGCUACGUUUCUGUACAAGUGAAAAUUGUGUGCGUUUUUUUUCCACGAAACUGUUACUUUUACAUAACGCUUGUUCUGUUAACGUGUUUUGCUAGACAAUCGUUUUUUUUUUUGUUUUUUUUUUUUUUUUAAAGUUUCUGGAUUCUGCUUUGCUUCUGGAUUAAUGAUAUUACCUGAGAAGUCCUGGUCUUUUCAGUAGGACAUUUCUCCUGAAGAGAAAGGGACAAAGAAGAAGCUGAGGAUGUGUUUGUUUUGCUUGUACUUCGGGAACAGUCAGUAUAUUUUUGGAAAGUGGUAUAUAUUUUUGUUUGACCUACUGUGAUCGAACCUUACGAAUGUUAGGAGCUAGACUUUAGAAUUAUUGAGAAGUAGUCUUGCUCUGAAUGUAGUCGGGAAUGCGCCGUCGCAUCGAACAGUCGGCUAAUCGUGUCCUAGCGACGACCGCCUCGGUUGCCGAGAAGUUUGUAACGGCGGGAGCCAAAUUCGUUGCGUCGCUAACGUCUGUGGUUCUCUUUAAGCCUUAAAACGGUUUCCUGUGCGGGAUUUCUCUCCUCGCAAAACAGAUGUUGGUUUUUCGUAUUAAUAAUCGCAGCUCAAAUAGUGCUUUACAAUACAACUACAAAACACAGAUAUCUAAUAUAAUAAAGAAUUAAAACCAGUGGAGUGA